AUGAAGGCAGCAAGCCCGGCUAGCAAGCGCAUCAGCCGUGGAUCGACACUAGAGGACAUUCAUUCGGCCGUCGAGUCUGUGACGCUCGACAAGAUCGAGUCUCCCUUUCAAGUCCAAGAGUACAUCGCCCAGCUCGUCACAAGAGACCCUUAUGACGUACAAGCCAUCGUCUCCCUGCCUCGUCUGACCAGAACCUCGCCCGUGGUCACUAACACGGCCCAAGCACGCGUUCAUGAAGCCAAGCUUGCGGCAGCGCAGUCCACAGCUUCGAGUGAUCCUCCGUCCAGCACUACCGGCGCAUCAAUCGAAGAGGAUGAUGGACCAACCGAGACCGUGGCGGUCGAUCGAUCCGUCUGGAUUUACGAGCAGAUCAGACGUAUCGUCCUGGAUCUCAGCUAUCCUUGGAUCAGUCAAUUGCAGGAGCACUGCACUCGAACGUCUUGCCCAGAGAUGAAAGCCGACUCGUUUCAGUUCCUCUGCGCAGCUCACGCGACUGCUUCUGAUGCAUGCUUCCUUCGUGUCUGCUCACGUAACUCUGCUGAUACGAAAGGCUGCCAGACGGAGUGCUGCGCUAUUGACUACAUGACUCACGUUGCUGACGCCGCCUUCGCGCUCCUCAAUUCAGCCAAACAUUUUCCAUCGAGACUCGUCAUACCGGAUACGUCUGUCAAGCAGCUCUCAGCGCUGACGAGACGGCUCUACCGCCUAUUCGCUCACACGUUUUACUCCCAUCGCGACCUAUUCGACUCGUGCGAGAUGGCAUCUUCACUCUACGCUCGUUUCGUCAGGCUAUGUCUCGACUUUGAGCUCAUCGACAAGGACACGCUCAAGCUGGCGCUAGGCCAUGUGCACCCCACGAAAGCGAGAAAUACAGACAACGAAUUUUCGAGGGGGACGACCGGUGAUGCUGGGGCGACAAGGAGGCUCAUCAAGCCUCAAUGA